AUGAAAAGUCUUCAGAUUUCUCUGUUCCUAGUCAUAUACUCGUUUAUGGCUUUAUUGGGAUCUUUUCUCUGCGAGGCAAGGGUUUGGAUGCCACCACCACCACCGCCAGGACGCAAUCCCUUCGAUAUGAGGCCCUCUCCAUUCAAUCCCAGUAAGGGUUAAUUGCCGAAUAAAACUAUUGUA